AGCGCCGCACUUCCCGCCCGGCACUCGGAGCGCCGAGCCACCGCCCAGGGGGAUGCGGGAGCCCCUGGCUCGGGGGAGCGGAACGGCAGGCGGGCAGGAGCCGAGGGCGGCAUGUCCCAGGCCCCGGGAGCUCAGCCGAGCCCGCCCUCCGUGUACCACGAGCGGCAACGCCUGGAGCUGUGCGCUGUCCACGCCCUCAACAACGUCCUGCAGCAGCAGCUCUUUAGCCAGGAGGCUGCCGAUGAGAUCUGCAAGAGGCCCCUGUCCCAGCUGGUCCUGCCCCAGGUGCUGGGGCUGAUCCUGAACCUGCCCUCGCCCGUGUCUCUGGGACUGCUGUCCCUGCCCCUGCGCCGGCGGCACUGGGUGGCACUGCGCCAGGUGGACGGCGUCUACUACAACCUGGACUCCAAGCUGCGGGCGCCUCAGGCCCUCGGGGGUGAGGACGGCGUCAGGGCCUUCCUGGCGGCUGUGCUGGCGCAGGGCCCGUGUGAGGUGCUGCUGGUGGUGACCAAGGAGGUGGAGGGAAAGGGCUCCUGGCUGCGGACAGACUGACCCCCAGAGGAGGGAAGCACGGCCACCCGGGCUCGUCGGCCCCCUGCAGGCCUGGGGUUCCCUGCACGACCCUGUCCGGCUCCCGGGUGCCAGGGAAGGGCCGGGUCCCACACUGCGGGGGCUCCACGGGGGCCCCAACCCGCCCCCACCGCUGCCUCAAUAAACCUGCUGGCUGCCCC